CGUGUGGCCCCGGGCCAGACCCAGAGGCCCGGAGAAAGUGAGCCGGACUCCUACCCAGCACUGGUGGGACGCAACGCUGCAGGUUUGCCGGAGGUAGUCGUGGCGACCCUGGCAGCCGAGGACAUGGGAGGCUUAAAGAGAAAACAUUCUGACUUGGAAGAGGAGGAAGAGGAUGAGAAGUGGGACUGGACUCCAGCUGGUCUUCGGAGCUACCAGCAAGCCCUGCUCCGAAUCUCUCUGGAGAAAGUCCAGCGCAGCCUGGGCCCCAGAGCGCUCAGCCUCCGCAGGCACGUUCUUAUCCACAACACACUCCAGCAGCUGCAGGCUGCCAUUCGACUAACUCCAGCCCCAGCCCUGCCCCCAGAGCCUCUCUUCCUGGGGGAAGAAGACUUCUCCCUUUCCACUACCAUUGGCUCUAUCCUCAGGGAGCUCGAUACAUCUAUGGGUGAGAUGGAAUCGCCUCCGAAUCCAGUGGCUUCCCAGAGUCCUCAGAAUGAAAUGAUGCCCCAGGCUGAUCCCGUGUUCCUAGAAGCUCUGAGCUCCCGGUACCUGGGAGACUCUGGCCUCGAUGACUUCUUUCUGGACAUUGACACAUCUGCAGUGGAAAAGGACUCUGCACUUCCACCCCCAGAGCCUCCUCGCAGCCUCUUCUGUGCCCCUGGAUCCUGGGAGUGGAAUGAGUUGGACCACAUCAUGGAAAUCAUCCUAGGAUCCUAAGACUGAUAGGGUCCUUCCUGGCAUCAGCCUCUUUGGGCUGGAUCCUUGUAUGUGAAUCUUGUGUGUGUGUGUGUGUGUGUAGCAGAGGCUCUCACCAGUGACUGUGGCCUCCUUUCCUCCUAUGUCAGGAUUCCACAAACUGCCCUGCACGUGUGCGUGUCUGGUUACCCAGCCUUCCGUGAAGGUGCGUCUUCCUGAAUUAAUUUAUCUCUUUUCAAAUGCCUUAACGAGACUCUGUUUCAGGGAGUCUAAUGUGUCACACAUUUCUUCUGCCUCCAGUUCCCUCUGCCCUUGUGACCGCUAGGGCCUCAGGGAACAUAAAGUUGGACCUGUCAAGCCGUGACGGUAGGCUGCCUUUCUGGGGAGUGGGAGGGGCUGGUCUCCUCCUGGCAGGCUGAACCCCACUUCCUUGGCAGUACCCCAGUUCCAGUAGCCUCCUGAAUCAUAACCAGGCCGGACCAUGUGCAAUAGGGUGGAAAUCUACCAGCUCCAUGCCACGCUAUUAAAAAAAAAAAAAAGGCAGGGUUUGUUUGUAGUGGCUGGUUUUUUAUUAUUAUUUUUGAGUGUUCCUUUUUUUUUAAUAAAAGUAUUUUG